AUGUUUAUUUUUGAUAAACGUCAGCUCGAUACGUUCGUUUCUUUACUUUUAAAGAAAAUUUCCGAAAUAGACAAGAGAUUCUUUAAUAUUAUUAUUUUGUGUUUGAAAAUUACAAAAUCCCGAUGAUUUUGAUCGUAAGAUGAAUUUUCUAUGCAAAAGUGGACAAAGAACGUUGUAUAAUUCAUGGAUCAUACGUACAUCCGUACGAAUAAACAGUGCCCGCCGAUUAUGUGACAAUGUUCCGGAGCCACCGAAUGACUCAGUUCGAGUGCGUUUCGCUCCUAGUCCAACCGGUUUCAUGCAUCUGGGUGGAUUGAGGACAGCGCUGUUCAACUACCUUUACGCCAAAUCACGAGGAGGUAAGUUCAUUUUGCGCAUUGAGGAUACCGAUCAAGAGCGUUUGGUCGAGGGAGCUACUGAUCGGCUAUACGAUGACUUGAAGUGGGCUGGUAUUGUACCGGAUGAGAGUCCCUGGAAUGAGGGUCCAUAUGGACCGUACGUACAAAGUAAGCGCUAUGAUAUUUACAAGCAAGAGGUGAAGAAACUGAUGGAAGACGGGAGAGCUUACUACUGUUUCUGUUCGGAGCGCCGAUUGGAGUUGCUGCGGAAGGAAGCGGUCAGACUGCGGCAGAUUCCCAAGUAUGACAAUAAAUGUAGACAUUUGACACCGGUGCAGGUUGCCGAACGACUGGCUAAGAACGAUAAAUUUUGUAUUCGAUUCAAGCUGGAUUCUAAAGCCGAUGAGUUUCAGGAUAUGAUUUACGGAAAAAUAGUUUACUUUCUAGCUCAGAACGAAGGCGAUCCUGUCAUCAUCAAAUCAGAUGGAUAUCCUACGUACCAUUUUGCCAAUGUCGUGGACGAUCACUACAUGAGGAUAACGCACGUGUUGCGGGGUGUAGAGUGGCAAAUUUCCACACCGAAGCAUAUUCAGAUGUUUCAUGCUUUCGGUUGGAAACCGCCGCAAUAUGCUCACCUUCCUCUGGUGAUGAAUCCGAAUGGUUCAAAACUCAGUAAACGACAAGGAGAUGUGCAGCUGGAUCACUACCGCAGAAUGGGCAUAUUUCCGCAAGCGUUGCUCAACUUUAUAACACAAAGUGGAGGUGGCUUCGAGAGAGAACUCGUGGAUGUCAUUGGACCGCAAAUGCAUGAUUUAAUAAGGCACUUCGACUUGAAUAAAAUCAACGCACAUUCUAGUCGACUGAAUCCGGACCUACUAAAGCAGUGCAAUCGAGAAGAGAUUGAAUAUCAGCUGAGGCAUUCAGAAGAAAAAGCGAAUGCUCUGGUGAAGGAAGUGAUACGAAUGGUGCAGGCUGAGUUUCCUGACAAUAAGAAGGGACUGGAUUUGGACGAGAAACACGUUCAAGAGGUUCUGGAGUGGGCUGUCUCACGGAUAGACGCUCUGCAGGACCUGGUGAAGGGAAAACUUUCGUUCCUAUGGGUACUACCAAAGACUUCCAAAGACAAAACUAUCGAUAGUGAUGUUCUCAAGGUUCUGGCACAAAAUCUGGCAUCAGAAGAGGAAACCACAUUCACUAAAACCGAACUUAGCAUAUUUUUGAGAGCAUUUGCCGAACGCAACCAUCUUGUGUUCGAACAAUUGAUGAAGUCGUUGCGAAACUGCCUAAGUGGUCUCACGGAAGGGCCCGGAGUGGCGGAAAUGAUGGAGAUUCUGGGCCGUGAUAAGACAAUAGAACGCAUUUUGCUGGCAGCGAAAAGGAAAUAGAUUAUAAUGUUGGUAGUCAAUCAAUUGAAGAAAUUUUAUUAUUUCCUAAUGUUGGUUUGGAGCAAAAUAUGGUAUCUUCUAAUUCUGAUUGAGUCAGAUAUAUGUUGAGAGUAAUUUAUGUAUAGUUAGUUAUAAUAAUAAAGGUAAAAUUAAGAUCUACCAAUCGCUAGUUUGCAAA